AUGACCCAUCUGUUAAAGAUUCUAAGUCCACAGUUGCGAUGGAUAAGUGUGAGAACGGAGAUAGCCGCUCACCUCUUGGCUACUCUACAAACUUAUGCAUCAGCAACGGUGCGCAAUGCACAAGCAGUAGGGCGUGGGCUGUAUGCGGCACGCCGGGUGUCGAUGGCGACACCAGGCCAUUCGGCCCAGUUACAGAACCUUCAGGGGGCAACCCCAAAGCCGUCAGCCCCAGUGGCCCAACGGCUUGGAGCUGCGAAGUCUGCACUACGUCAGAUAGAUAUUGCACUUGGCAUUGGUCUGUUGCCAAAGACCGGCAUGGCGGAGCGCCACCCGGAGAUAUGGAGGCUACGCCAACGCAUUGCUGGCCUGCUGAUGCGUUACACAUAUGAAAAGGAGUUUGAGAACCAGAUUCGCAUUGCCUUAAACAAGCAAGGCUGCCGGGGAAAGGCACAUUCCAAGACUAUUUUUCGGGGGAUACCCGCCGCCGGUGACCGUUCGUCCUGA